AUGUGUGACUACUUCCUGCAAAGGAUGGAGGGCGACCAGCACCACCAGGCCGGAGACCUCACGGACGUCGUCCGAGCCGGCGGCGCGAUGCAUAAGGCAGCUAUCGCGGAGCUCUCCUCCACGGCCACGGGGUGGCAGCUCCCGGCCGAGCCAGCUGGAGCCGGCCUCUUCCCGCCACCCCAGCCGUCGUCGUCGGAUGGCGGCGCCGGGCCGAGCGGCGACGGCUUCGUGGACGCCUUCGCCGGCCUCCCGGACCCGUUCGCCAGCGACUUUCACGCCUCCUCCUCCUCCGGCGGCGGCCCCGGCGCCCCUGCCGACUUCUUCGACUUCGAGGCGCCUGCUGCUGUCGGUGGCGGCGCCAGGAGAGGCGGAGGAGGCGUACUGGUGGAUAGCGGAGGCGGAGUAGUGGUGGAGAGGGGGGCGCAGAUGCCGGCGCUGUCGCCCAGUGAGAUACGGCCGUACCCGCCGGUGACGAUGAUGGGCGGCGACACCGUGAAGAUCGGCGUGCCGACGAUGAUGCCCGGGCUGGCGGUUGGGCCGGCCUGUGCGUUCGACGCCAUCGCCGGGAUGCAGAUGCCGUCGCCGCACGGCGGCGGGAUCAAGCGCAGGAAGAACCAGGCAAGGAAGGUGGUCUGCAUCCCAGCACCUGCAGCAUCCGCAGGAGGAAGGACCACUGGGGAGGUUGUUCCUUCCGAUCUCUGGGCUUGGAGGAAGUAUGGACAGAAGCCUAUCAAAGGAUCACCCUACCCAAGAGGGUACUACAGAUGCAGCAGCUCUAAAGGAUGCCCGGCGCGGAAGCAGGUGGAGCGCAGCCGGACUGACCCAAGCCUGCUCGUCAUCACCUACAACUCGGAGCACAACCAUCCUUGGCCGACUCAGCGGAGCGCGCUCGCCGGCUCAACACGCUCUCACCACGCCAAGAACAGCAAGAACAACCCCUCGCACAGCCUGCAGAAGCCAAACCUUAAAGCCGAACCGGAGCAUCAGGCGUCGGCGGCAGUCCCUACUAGCUGUGCCACCACCGCGACCGCAGCCACCAGCACCACCACCACAGCGACCAUGAGCACCACCAGCAACAGCACUCCUCCGGCGACGAUGGCUGUGAAAGAGGAGGCGAUGGUGGGGUCGGAAAUGGAGAAAGGGAUAGACCAUGACGCUUCUGUCUUGCUGGAUCACGGUGAUCUCAUGCAGCAGAUGUUCAGCCAGAGCUACUACAGGCCGAUGAUACCGGAGGCCGGCGGUGGCCACCACACCGAUGACUUCUUCGCUGACCUCGCCGAGCUGGAGUCGGAUCCCAUGAGCCUCAUCUUCCCUGGUGGUGAUCCUAGAAAGGAGAAGGGAAUAAUGCCCAACAAGAGCUUGGCCGCCGAUCCAUUAUUCAACAUGCUAGAUUGGGGUGCCACUAAUGUUGUUGCUACUUCUGCAGGGAGUUCAUUUGAGCAAGACGAGAGAGUGGUUGGUGACAUUGUUUAG